AAGUGAAUUUGUUUUUUCAAGAAUUUGUUUCUUUCUGUUGAUUGUUUGUGUUUUAAUUAAUUAUUUCGUUUGAUUUGUUUAGUUUUUACUUUGUUUUGAGUAUUGUUUUAUUGAGGAAUUGGUUGUUUUCAAUAUGGCUCGAAAUGCUGAGAAAGCGAUGACAACUUUGGCUCGUUGGAGACAAACACAGUUGGAAGGAGACAAAGGAAAACGUCGUAGACCUUAUUUAGCUUCGGAAUGUAAUGAUUUAAAGGAAGCCGAACGUUGGAGAUUGGAAAUUAUCAGAGAAAUAAGUAGAAAGGUUACUCAGAUUCAGAAUGCUGGUCUUGGUGAAUAUAGGGUACGAGAUUUAAAUGAUCAGAUAAACAAAUUGUUACGUGAAAAAAGACAUUGGGAAUAUCGAUGUGCAGAACUUGGAGGAGUUAAUUAUCGCCGAGCGCCUGGUCCUAAAUUUGAUUUCUCAGGUCGAGAAGUUCCAGGAACAAGAGGAUAUCGUUAUUUUGGAGCUGCGAAAGAUUUACCCGGUGUCAGAGAAUUGUUCUCAACUGAACCACCUCCACUAAUACGUAAAACUAGAGCCGAGUUAAUGAAAGACAUUGACGCAGAUUAUUAUGGUUAUCGGGAUGAAGAUGAUGGUGUAAUUGUACCAUUAGAGAAUGAAGCUCAAAGAGAAGCGAUUACAAAGGCUGUCGCCGGAUAUGCUGAUUCAGAUCAACAGAUCGAAGUUGAUCUAAGUGCUGAUAUCGAAGAUGUUAAACUUGAUGAUGAUAACGACGGAAUCGAUUUCUGUGGACCUAAAAUUUUCGUCUCCCAUGUUCCCCAUAUCGCAAGUUUAGAAGAAAUUCAAGAAGCCAUUUUAGAGAAAAAGAAACAAGAACUAUUGGAAAAGUUUCUCAGUGGAAAAGUCAACGCCGAUAAUGACGACGACGAUGAUGAAGAAGACGACGAAUAAACUUUUCUUUUUAAAUUAAUGAAGAAAAACAAAUGCACCAAAAUAUUUUCAUUUUUCUCUCAUUGAAACUCAUUGAUUUUGAAGCGAAACAAAAAGAAAACAACCUUGAUCUCAAUCGAUUGAUUAAUGGAUUCCAAUGUAAUCGUUAAUUUGCUCAUUCAUUUAAAGUUAUUUUAAAUUUUUACCAAAACAAA